GGCGGGCGAUGGUCCACUGCCUGCAUCGAAUUGCUCCUUCGAGACGAGUGCUGUCACGCUUGCCUCAUCCUUUUACCUAAGGUCCACGGAUGAUCUUGAAUUGGUGUCCACUCAUAGCCCAGGACACAAUCGUCCUUGCUGAUUCCUCUGGUCCAUCAUCUGGCGUGUGCUUUCGUCGUCUUGUGCCCACUACAAUAACAUUGGCCUGAUUCCCUUUCUUUGCAGGUUACGUCGAUACUCGUCCCUUGGGCUCUUUCACACCACUGACUAAACGUGCACGAAAAUGGCCGAAGGAAGACGACGCUCUUCAAGAACUCCGCGAAGGAGGACAAGCAUCCAGGAGGAUGCUGCCAUGUUGGCCGGACUGGGAGUCCAGCAGGAGCUGAAACGCAACUUCUCCCUGUUCUCCAUGCUGGGUCUGGCUUUCGCAAUUCUCAACUCAUGGACUGCUCUCGGAGCCAGCAUGUCACUGGCUCUCCCCAGUGGAGGCCCCGAUGCUGUUAUAUGGGGUUUGGUCGUAGCAGGUCUUUGCAAUUUGUGUCUGGCCGCAUCGCUGGCCGAAUUUCUAUCUGCGUAUCCCACGGCCGGCGGACAGUAUCACUGGGUCGCUGUCAUCAGCUGGAAACGUUGGGUUCCAAUCCUAUCUUGGAUCACGGGAUGGAUCAAUACCGCCGGCUGGGUUGCACUGACCGCGACUGCUGGUCUUCUGGGUAGCCAGCUCAUCCUGGGGAUCAUCUCGCUCACGACGUCCUCUUACGAGCCGCAACGCUGGCAUCAGUUUCUGAUCUACAUUGGUUACAAUGCUUUCGCGUUUCUGGUCAAUGCCUUCAUGACAAGACUCCUUCCCUCGAUCACCAAAGCAGCUUUGAUUUGGUCGAUUACGGGUUGGCUGGUCAUCUCGAUAACUGUCCUCGCAUGCUCCUCGCCUCAUUAUCAAUCUGGCGAUGUGGUCUAUCGCACCUUCAUCAAUGAGACUGGCUGGCCCGAUGGACUGGCGUGGCUUUUAGGCCUGUUGCAGGGCGGUCUCGGAUUGACCGGAUACGACGCAGUAAGCCAUUGUAUCGAAGAACUGAACAACCCUGUCGUUGAGGGUCCUCGCAUCAUGAUAGCCUGUGUCUUGAUCGGUGUAGUCACGGGCUUUGUAUACCUGAGCGUUCUUCUUUUUGUCUCCAAAGAUCUCGACAAUGUCAUCAGCUCUGCGGCGGGCCCGAUGUUGCAAAUCUUUUAUGAUGCCACCAACAACAAAGCAGGCUCCAUAUGCCUGUUGAUGUUUCCUUUGGUCUGCUUGCUGUUCGCUGGGGUCUCUAUCAUGACUACUAGUAGCCGAAUGGUGUAUGCUUUCGCUCGAGACCGCGGGCUUCCAGCUUCGAAAUUUUUUGCCAAAGUCGACAAGCGGUUGGAUGUGCCUCUAAAUGCUCUCUGGUUGACACUCAUUCUCGUCAUAAUCUUUGGGUGUAUAUUCCUUGGCUCAAGCAGUGCCUUUAACGCCAUCGUCUCGGCCUCGGUCGUAGCUCUCGGGAUAACGUAUGCCAUUCCGCCCGCCAUAAACUGCCUCCGGGGCAGAAAGAUGUUGCCCGAAUCUCGCGCUUUCAUUUUACCAAAUUGGCUGGGUUGGACGUGUAAUUUGAUCGGGAUCGCUUACGCCUUCUUGACGACUGUGCUCUUCAUGUUUCCACCAGAGUUGCCAGUGACCGGCAACAACAUGAACUAUUGCAUUGCAGCGUUUGCAAUUGUCCUGAUAGUCUCGGUCAUCCAGUGGUUUGUUGAUGGUCGCAAGAACUAUACUGGUCCUCAAAUCGACGUUGACGCACUGAAGAGCGGUGAAGUGGUUGGCAUGGCUCCUACCGAAAGUAAUGUAGGUGACAGACAAAGUGCAGAAACGUUGACUGGCGAGAAGGACGAGAAGAAGGCGCCAUGAGCUUGAGAAGUCUCCAGCAUUUGCAAAGAUCUGACACUUGACAUUCCAUCACCUUUGCUUUCGAAUGCUGGAGUGUUGCGAGCAUAUCACUCCGGCCAUUCGGGGUCUUGUUUCCUUCUGAAU